CAGUCAAUUCCAAUCUAUACAUCGGUGAGUUUCGUAUUUCGAAAUUAUACAUUUUUUAUUUCGACAGGCAAAGAACACUGACGUCUUUUGUUUUUAAUUGACACACACACACACAAACAAAACUUCGGUAUACCAAGGUCCAAUAUGCAAAAUUACUCUGGUAUUUCACGUAAGGGAACUUUAAGUAGCAGGGGUAGAUAUGCUUCAAAUAGAAUCGCAGCUGGUGCCGCUGGCAGUGGCAGUGGCAGAGGCAGAGGCAGAAGCGUUUCAUCAAAUGCACUUUUGACCAAAGAUGUCAGUUUAUCGUCUUCAAAGCUGUCCUUGCAUUCGGCACAAUUGCCCAGCUCAGAUGAUACCAGCGCUUCAACACCCGACACUAUUAUAAACGUCGACUGCGAUGCACUAGAGCAGGAGGCGCAAUCGGAGCCAGCUGAUAAAAGCGCUGACAAGCCCAAACCACGCAGCACAUUCACCAAGCCACGCAUGAAUCGCUCCACAGCAAUGCGCAUACAAAGAUCGCAGAACAACAAUCAACAGCAGCAGGAUGCCUUGGAUAAAGGGGCAGCUGUUCAAAAUAGUUUGCCGUCACCACGCGUUAAAAAGCUGGAGAUUAAAACGCCCAGUGCUUGCUCCAUGAACAACUCAGAGGCAGCUCCCAUUACUGUGCGCUGCCCCUCACCCUGUCCCAAGCCCAAGCCCACAAUUUGUCGCGAAAAAGUUUUGACGCCCAAAAAGUUGCCAUUGAUAAGAAGAGCUAACAAACCAGAUGCUCUGGAGCUGUGUCCGCGUCCAGUUGAAAGUUUGCACAAGCGCCUGGAGCAAUUGCAGUCUGAGUUUUUGAAGCAAGUGCACAGCAGCGAGUGCCACGCCUACAAAGGACAUAUGCACUGCAGCUAUAAGAUGAUAACAAUGAUCCAAAAUGACGACUGCCGUCUGCUUGUAGAUAAGGACGAGCUGCGGGACUUGCCCAGCAAUUUACCCGUUGAAUCUAUAGCGGAUCUGAAGCGCAAGUGUCGUCAAGUCUUUGAAGCUGGCUGCAAUGCUCUAUUGGAUCUUAUAUGCAAGGAACAGAACAACUCUGAGUACACACGUGAGCAGCUGCAAGCCAAGCUAGAAGCUGAAGUGAACACUCGUCUGGCCGCCAUUAAUACCAAAAUCGAUAGCAUGGGUGGCAAGAAUCCGGUGGAGCAAUAUUCGCAACGUCAGCUAAAGGAGCUGCGCAGCAUUAAUGAGCAACAGUCCGCCAAGGUAACCACGCUGGAGACACAAAUCUUGGAGUCUAAAAAGCUGCUGGAAGCCUCGCGCAAGCAAAACAAAGACCUGGCGCUGGAUCUGGCGGAAAACAAUCGCGUGCUGCAAGAUAGAAAUCAAUGUGCCGAGGAUUUACGCUUGGAAAUCAAGCAGCUUAAUAAAAUCAACAAAGUAAUGCAGCAGCGUCUGAAGGAAAGCGAGGAACUGCUGGAGCAAAAGGGUGUAACGGAAUUCAAGCUGCAGGAGGCGCUGCAGCAGCUGGACGAGAUGACAACCCAAAAGGACAGCCUAAUGCUUAGACUGAGUGCCAAGGAGAAACUGUGUGCUGAUGGGCAGCAGCAGCAGAAGCAACUGGAGACGCUCAGGCAGCAAUUGGAGACGCACAAAGAGUUAAAGGAACAGCAUCCAAUUGCUUUGGCUAAGAUUGUAGAGCUGCAGUCGGAGUUGGAUUUGAAAACGCAGCAAUUGGAGUCGCACUUGCAAACGGAGCAGCAGCUGCGCUUGGAGCAGCAGCAGGCAUUGGAGCAACUGAUACUCUCUGAAUCAAAAUUGCACAAGCUGGAGGAGCAAAUUGAGCAUCAUCGCCAGGUGCUGGCGGUGCGUGGUGAGCGCAUUCACUUUCUGGAUCAAGAGCUGAAGCAGCGCGAGGAGGCCGCGAAUCGCAAAAUCAGCGAAAUGAUGGGACAGGCCAGUGAUAAAAAUACAAUUAUUACGCAGAUCAAGAACGAGCUGGCAUCCACCAAUGAGCAGUUCCAAAACCUCUGCUCUACACUCAGCGUUAAGCAGACCAAGCUGCAUAGUCAGGAGCACGUCAUCAAAUUGCUGGAGGAAAGCAAUGCUCGAAGCAUUAAGCUCCAUACCAAGCUCGGCGAAAAGAACUCACUGCUCAAGGAGGAAGUGGAGAAUCUGAGGCGUACUGUUCGCAUCUAUGUGAAAAUUAUAAUUGGCAACAAUGGGCGCAACAUUUUUGAGCCGGUUCCAACUCAUGAGGCGUUGCUUUUGCGUUAUGAACAACAUAACAUCAAUAACCACAGCAAGGACAGCAACAAGAAUAACAACAACACCAACAAUGAUGAUAAAAAUAAUAAUAACGAACCAUAAUUAAGCUGAAAAUUAUGAAAUGCAUGAAAUUGAAGCGCGCUUUUUCUAAUUCAAAGUUUCAAAUGUUUAUAGUUA